AGCAGCUGUAGUGGCUUUACCUAACAGAUGCAGAGGUGACAGCGUCUUUCAUAUUCACCAUCAGCGUAUACAGCUGCGCGUCUCCAUUUCAUCUGGAGCGCAGUAGUUGCGUCCGUCAUGGUAGCGUACCGAUGCUGUGAGGUCAUUGGAUGCUGAGAGAUUGUGAACUUCUGGAUGGUCGUAUUAUAAAGACAACAUAUUAUUGCGCUUACAUCAAUACAUGUCGUGGAUGCAAAGUUGAAUGACAAGCGACAUAAGAAAAUAGAUGUAGAUGGCAUUGCGCUCACUGGUGGGCUUCUCUAAGAGGAGGGUUUGGUCAGGGUCGUUAUCCUCCCCUUUAAUGCAAGUAUCCAUGAAGGAGGGAGAAAUCAGGAGGACAUUAGCAUCGGGAGUCCCUCGCGGACACUUCUCAAAGGUUUUGCGUAAAGAUGCGCGGCGCUCGGCUCGCCAGCAACACCGUUAUUUACAAUGAUGGGACCGCGCACCCGAUCUCCAGCAGAGCCAAGCAUGACUCCACCACGACGCCCAUCCACCGCUCCUGACAGGUUGCCUACAGAGACCGUCCAAAAGAAUAACAGCAGUAAUACUGGCGUUAUUCUGGACAUUUCCACCCUGAAAAUGGCCGAUGUGGAUUCUGAGGUCCCUCCCCUACCUCCACGAUAUCGCUUUAGAGAUCUGCUGCUCGGGGAUCAAUCGUUUCAGAAUGAUGACAGGGUGCAGGUGGAAUUUUAUGUCAAUGAAAACACAUUUAAGGAGAGAUUGAAGCUGUUCUUCAUCAAAAACCAAAGGUCAAGUCUCAGAAUCCGCCUUUUCAACCUUUCCCUGAAGCUCUUAACAUGCCUCCUCUAUAUAAUCAGAGUCUCGCUGGAUGACCCGACUACCCAGGUCACAUGUGCACGGAAAAACUGCACAAACAUCACAGACACCCUGUGCGGCAAAUCCUGUGCCAACUACACAUCAAACCUGACAACAGAUCCCAUAGAAAUAAACUGGGACUUAAUAUUCUGGGUAAACAGAAGAGUUCCUGUAUGGGCGAUACAGGUGACAGUGGCCUUAAUAAGCUUCUUGCAAGCAAUGCUCCUGGUGUAUCUCAGCUAUAAGGGGAACAUUUGGGAGCAGAUUUUCCAAAUUACCUUCAUCAUCGAGAUGAUCAAUACAGUGCCAUUCAUAAUUACAAUAUUUUGGCCUCCACUGAGGAACAUAUUUGUUCCUGUGUUCCUAAACUGUUGGCUUGCCAAAUCAGCACUUGAAAACAUGAUUAACGAUCUCCACCGUGCCAUUCAACGUACGCAUUCUGCCAUGUUCAACCAAGUCCUUAUCCUGAUCUGUACGCUGCUGUGCUUGGUCUUUACUGGGGCUUGUGGGAUUCAACACUUGGAGCGGGCAGGAAAGAAUCUCACGCUCUUUGAUGCUUUAUAUUUCUGCAUUGUCACUUUCUCGACUGUUGGCUAUGGAGAUGUGACGCCCAAAAUCUGGCCGUCUCAGUUGCUGGUGGUCAUUUUGAUCUGUGUGGCGCUGGUGGUGCUGCCGCUGCAGUUUGAGGAGUUGGCGUACCUGUGGAUGGAGAGACAGAAAUCAGGGGGGAACUACAGCCGACAUCGGGCUCAAACAGAGAAACAUGUGGUUCUCUGUGUUACUUCUCUCAAAAUAGACCUGCUUAUGGAUUUCCUCAAUGAGUUUUAUGCCCACCCAAGACUGCAGGAUUAUUAUGUGGUGAUACUCUGUCCCACUGAGAUGGACAUCCAGGUACGGCGGAUCCUCCAGAUCCCAUUGUGGUCCCAAAGAGUGAUUUAUCUCCAGGGUUCUGCUCUAAAGGAUCAGGAUCUGAUGAGAGCCAAGAUGGAUGAUGCAGAAGCGUGCUUCAUACUCAGCAGCCGAAAUGAAGUGGAUCGAACGGCAGCUGAUCAUCAGACCAUUUUGAGAGCGUGGGCUGUAAAGGACUUUGCACCAAACUGUCCUCUCUAUGUUCAGAUUCUCAAACCAGAGAACAAAUUUCAUGUCAAAUUUGCAGAUCAUGUGGUGUGUGAAGAAGAGUUCAAAUAUGCCAUGCUGGCUCUAAACUGCGUGUGUCCUGCCACCUCUACAUUGGUGACUCUCUUGGUUCACACAUCUCGUGGACAAGAAGGGCAGACGUCUCCAGAACAGUGGCAGAGAACGUAUGGCCGUUGCUCGGGCAAUGAAGUUUAUCACAUCCGUUUGAUGGACAGCAAGUUCUUCGGUGAAUAUGAUGGGAAGAGCUUCACGUACGCCUCCUUCCAUGCGCAUAAAAAAUAUGGGGUUUGCUUAAUCGGUACAAAGAGAGAAGACAACAAGAGUAUCCUUCUGAACCCUGGUCCACGUCAUAUCAUGUCUGCCACAGACACCUGCUACUACAUCAACAUCACAAAGGAGGAGAACUCGGCCUUCAUCUUCAAACAGGAAGAGAAGCACAGCAAAGGGAUGUCGGUCGCCGGCGUGUAUGACGCACCUUCUCGCCUACCAGUGCAAAGCAUCAUCGCAAGCAUGGUUGAUCAGUCUACUUCAUAUGGAACUGUGGCCAUUGACCUGCAGAAUCCAGAUCCACCGGCUGACAACAGUAAGCUGACCCUGCCUACAGAAAAUGGAGCCGGGAGUCGCAGACCAAGCAUCGCGCCCGUCCUGGAGAUUGCUGACUCUUCUGCCAUCCUACCCUGUGACCUUCUCAGUGACCCGUCUGAAGAUGAGACCAACCAAUCAGAUGAGGAGGGAGCACCAGCAUUAGAGUAUAUCAAAGGCUAUCCUCCUAACUCACCAUACAUUGGAAGCUCCCCAACACUUUGCCACCUUCUACACCAGAAGGCACCAUUUUGUUGCCUACGGCUCGACAAGGGUUGCAGACAUAACAGUUUCGAGGACGCCAAGGCGUAUGGUUUCAAGAACAAGCUGAUUAUUGUUUCUGCCGAAACAGCUGGAAACGGCCUGUAUAACUUCAUCGUUCCGCUCCGAGCGUAUUACAGACCCCGGAAAGAGCUGAAUCCCAUCGUGCUGCUGUUGGAUAAUCCGCCUGAUAAUCAUUUUCUAGAGGCAAUCUGCUGUUUCCCAAUGGUGUACUACAUGGCUGGUACCAUAGACAAUCUGGACAACCUGCUGCAGUGUGGCAUCAUCUAUGCUGAUAACCUGGUGGUGGUGGAUAAGGAGAGCACAAUGAGCGCAGAAGAAGACUACAUGGCAGAUGCCAAAACCAUUGUCAACGUUCAGACCAUGUUCAGGUUGUUUCCAAGUCUCAGCAUCAUCACUGAGCUCACCCAUCCUUCUAAUAUGAGAUUCAUGCAGUUUCGUGCCAAAGAUUGCUAUUCACUGGCUCUCUCCAAACUCGAAAAGAUAGAGAGAGAUAAGGGAUCUAAUCUGGCAUUCAUGUUUCGCCUCCCGUUCGCUGCAGGAAGAGUGUUUAGUAUUAGUAUGCUGGAUACUCUCUUAUAUCAAUCUUUUGUAAAGGACUAUAUGAUUCUCAUCGCAAGGCUCUUGUUGGGUCUCGACACCACGCCAGGUUCUGGUUAUCUCUGUGCUAUGAAAGUAACAGAAGAGGAUUUAUGGAUUCGGACGUACGGAAGAUUGUUUCAGAAGUUGUGCUCAUCCAGUGCCGAGAUUCCCAUCGGGAUAUACCGCACUGAAUCUCACAUGUUCUCCUCUUCAGAGUUUAAGGAGGUUUGCAAGCAGUCUCAGGUGUCUGUAGAAGAUUGCGAGGAUACGCGAGACCGCGGGGAAACCUGGAAGGAGAAAGCAGCCCACAGAAACUCCACAGGGAGUGACCAAUCAGAGCAUCCGCUCCUGAGGAAGAAGAGCAUGCAGUGGGCGAGACGAUUGAGCAGGAAAAACACCAAACCGCCUAGUCGAGCCGAACGCAUCAAUCAACAGCGGCUAAACCUGUACCGCCGAUCCGAGAGACAGGAACUGUCAGAGCUGGUAAAAAACCGAAUGAAACAUCUGGGGCUGCCCACUGUGGGAUACGAGGACGUAGCUAAUUUAACUGCGAGUGAUGUGAUGAACCGUGUAAAUCUAGGAUAUUUGCAAGUGGCUCAAACAGAUGAAAUGAACGAUAACCAGAACACGUUGUCAUAUGUGCUGAUAAACCCUCCUCCGGACACUAUACUAGAGCUCAAUGAUAUCGUCUACAUCAUUCGCUCCGAUCCGCUGGCACACGUUCCUGAGAAUCUUCCGGGAGCAUCGGCCGAAACGAAACUACGGCAGGGCUAUGGAUCGAAGACAUGCGAUGAGACUCAUCUGUGAUAAGUUCCGUCAUCAGCAUCCCAUAUCCUCCGUCUCGAGCUGCUAAAGCACACCGUCUGCAUGAUCAAUGACCGACCGAACACACAGACGGGACUCGUGUGCCAACACACUGACAACAAAAACUGCCAUUCAAUGCCGAACGGCUGUAACUCCACGGAUUCCUCUUUUACACAGACUUUUCUGAAUGCGGCGGGUUUUUUGUAUUUAAGACUUGGCUGAUAGUGUAAAAGUGAGGUGUUAAUGUUGAGUCACUCUGGACCAAACGCAAGCACUUUGGAUAAAUAGUGCAGUAUUAUCAGAAACCAUUACGUAAAGCCGUGUUUAUUCAUGUGCGCAGCUAUGGACAGAAGGAAGUAAAUAACUGCGUCCGUCGGUUCACCUGAUUGGACCAACAGUGAUGUCAGAGCCCUGUAUAACGCAGAGAAUUAGUUUACAUUAGUGCUAUAUUUUGUACAUAUAUAUAUAUAGCACAUAGUAAAUAUUUAUUUGUACAUAUAAGUUAAUCACAUAUUAUUUUACAUGCCUCUGAAGUAUUCACAGUGUUUUUGUUGUGAUUUUGUCCUUAAAGCACAAAAAAUAUUAUGUUAUGCUACUUCAAAACCAGUGUUGGGGAAAGUUACUUUUAAAAGUAAUGCAUUACAAUAUCAAGUUACUCCACAAAAAAGUAACUAAUUGCGUAACUUAGUUAUUUUCAUUUAAAGUAAUACUUGCAUUACUUUUAAGUUACUUUUGCGUUACUUUUUCAUUCUUGGCUAAGCCUUGAUCUCUUUCAGGCCUUUUUAUGACUGAGAAGUUCUGCAUUCAGAAAUUGCAUUUUCCAUCGCAAAAAUGUCGAGCUGACAUCUCCGUUUCUGACUGUUCUUGCACAGGCGCGCAUGCAUAAAGUUUGCGUAAUUUUACGUGACUACGUUCAGUUUAAUUCAGUACAUUAUUUUUUAUCCAAUUAAUUAAACUGAAAAGUAACUCGCAUUUACAAAAAAUAACUCGAAUAUUAAUGUGAACAUUUAAAAAGUAAUGCGUUACUUUACUUGUUACUUCAGAAAAGUAAUAUUAUUACGUAAUGCACGUUACUUGUAAUGCUUUACCCCCAACACUGUUCAAAAUUGCACAUUUUUAGGUGUUAUUAAACAUCUUGUUGAUUUACGGUAAAUCACUAUGGACUUUAGUUGCAUCUUAGUGUCCGAAAAGCCACCCAUACCCUAAUUCACUAAUUUCUAGAUUAGUUCUAAUAUUAGUCCACUUGGAUGAGUGAAUAGAAACGAGUGUGUGAAUCCGGCCACAGAGCGCGCCGGGCGCCACCUUUUGUCAAGUCACGGUAGUUCAUUUGGUACGCGCCUCACAGUCAAGAGGUAGCUGCUAGCCGUCAACUAUAAAUCGGUUGUUCACUCGUUAUUCUGGUGUAUUGUCGGAUUAAAGGCGGGGUGCAUGAUCUCUGAAAGCCAACGUCAAUAUUUGAAAUCACCUAAACAAACCAAAACCUAGUGCUUCUUUUAAUAGACCCGCCCCACACAUACGCAAUGAUGUCUGUUAGUAGACAUGCUCCUUACUGCUGAUUGGCUACAAGUGUUUUUCAAAAAAUCAUGCACCCCGCCUUUAAACAUGGGAUUCACACGUUUUGCACAUGUGAAAGUCUUUUUUGUAUGGGUUAACACAGGCAUCAUUUAUAAAAUGCUGCGUAGAAAUCAUCCUAAAUGUGUCAUUUCUUAAAGCAACACUAAAGAGUUUUUUUUACCUUAAAAUAACGUUUCCAAAAAAGUUUCAGUUGUUCAUCCACUCGAAACAGGGUGAAUGGCACUAUCAAAACCGCACUAAAGAAGUUUCCAACCGUCGGGUCGCGGUCCUGUAGUUCGAGUGAAAAUUACAAAAACUUGCUUUACGGCAGACCUACAAUCCAAUCAGAGCCAGCUUUGCUGCAGUAGGCUAAUUUAUUAGCCUUCUAUUAGGAAUUGUCCAUUACGACAGUGGUAAUGGACAAUUCCGCUUCCAACCUGUAGGGGGAGCAAAGAGCAAAAACUCUUUAGUGUUGCUUUAAAAAUGCAUAUACGUGCACGUGUGAUUCAUAGAACGAACGUACGCACAGAAAACGCGCGUACCCCUUUCUUUUAGAUGUGAAAUCUACAGCAAAUCAUCUUGAACUUGUGCGCAGCUGAGCAGUUUCAGAUCUCCGCCUUUAAACGAUGCCGAAUUAAUGUCAUCGACAUAUAAAAUAGCACCUUUCAAUGUUCAAAUCCUUUUCAGGCAGCAAAAAUGGCUUAUACUUCGAAAAAACGUUUUUAUAAAUGUGAACCCCAGUAUUGAAUGGAUGUUCAGAUGUUACCGAAGAGCUGCUAAAUGCUGUUUUACAAUAUAUACGGUCAGCACUGAAACAAUAUUAAACUCAUGAAUUAUGAAUUAAGCGUGCAUAAGUUAUAAAAUAUUUGUAUUCAUGUAAUGUAGACUUAAUGAUUGCUGUCCUUUUUUAGUUCCCUAGGAGUUUUAUCUGUUUUUAUUUUGCUAAAUCAACAGUAUUUUUAAUCAUUUUUUUGUAUUCGUUUCAUUUUUCAGCAUAUAAUGUUCUCUUACUGCUCAUUUAAGAACACUAUAAAUUUAUUUACAGCAUGGGGUUACGGCGCCCCUUGGUGGUCAGUGGUGGUAUUACCGGGGGUCCUCCAAAUGUUGUUUGAAUUCAAAAUAAUUUUGGAAAAAAAAUUAUUUAGGAAUCAAACAAAAUGCAUUAAUUGGCUAAUAAUAAAAUAACAAAACUUGAUUAAAAUUAAGGUACAUUUAAAAUGUUAUAUAGUACAAUAUGUGCCAUUGUAAAAAAUUAAUUAUAUGAAGGUAACCAUCCAGUCUUAAUUUGAUACAUGUACUGAGGGUCCUUGCUCCUCCUCUCUAUCCAUUAAGAGGUCCUUGGCCAGAAAAAGUUUGAAGAGCUCUGAUUUACAGUAUACAGUUUGUUUGUUUACAAUAAUACAGUUUAUACAAUUUAAGUAAUUUAUUUAACUUUGCACUAAGCUCUGUUGAAAGAGUGGUACAUUGUAACCCUUUAACCUACACAGGCAAAUCAAAAACAAUGACAUAAAUCUGUUAAAAGGUGGCAUGAAAAUAAGUAACAUAUCUAACUGCUUUUCUUUGCUACUUUUAUUUAUAUUUGCAUCCUGUACGGACAUAUUUUACAUUGUUUGUGUCUUGUGCAUAUACUGUAUAAGGAGUUAAUGUUUAUCAUGUAGUGCUGCUUUUGUUUUCAAAUUGUUUAAGCAGUUUAUAAAGAUUUGUAUGAUACAGCAGAAAACAAGGAAGCCACAGACGGUAGCUGCUGUAAGGUUGCUGUAAUACACAGUGAUAUUAAAAGGGAAUGUGAUAGAUAACAAUAAUGUUUAUUUCAUAUUAGUGCAUCGUUAUAUAUUUUAUGUAUCACGUUAAGCUGUAAACUUCAUUGUAUCUGUUUUUUUCAUGCCAGCUGCCUUGGGAAUGUUUCUGAUUCAGUGUUGUCCUAAUUUCCCAGCCAUAAUUUGAUAAGAAAUUGCAUGCUAAAAAUGUCAGCCUGCAGAUUUCUUCUCUUUUAUACUACAGUUCCCUACUAUUUAAAUACACAUAUAUAUUUAUUAGCUGAUCUCAGCUGUUGUACUUUACAAGUGUUACAAAAAGUCGUUUUUUCUCCAGUAGUUAACAGAAAACACGGACCAUGCAUGUCCUAAUCUUGCCAAAUGUGUCAGAGACCCAUGUUUACAUUUGCUGGCUCCUGAUUUUUGGAUUGUGCUGAAUAAUACACAAACUUAUACAUUUUGUACAAUAUCUGUACGAACGUUGAAUGAAUCAAUAAAUGCUGCAUGCAGCCAGAAACAA